CACUGGUGAAAAGUCAAAGUGAGGCACAGAGAGACUAUGAUGGGAACAGAUUAAGUUAAAAUAAAGAAAAGUAUAGAAAGAUAAAAGGAAAAGGGCAGAAGAGUGUCAGAAUAAAAAGUGGGAAAGAGGGAGAGAUAUAGAGAGUGAGGGGAUACGCAAACAAGAUCUACAGAAAAACGUGUGGGAAGUUCUAUCUAAGCUACAUUACUGAGACACCAUGCAAUAUCUCCGUGCUGUGCUAAUCUUUUGCAUUGUUAUUUCUGGUUGUUUUUGUGAGAAUAAAAAAUGUCACACUACAACUAAGCGACAUACAACACAUCAAACCACAACUUUUACUAAUGCAACCACUACUCACUAUACAGUAAUCCCAAACAUAACUACACACCAUACAACCGUAACCACAUACCAUACAACACCACAGGCAAACAUAACUACACAACGUACAACAGCACCAGAUACAAACAUAACUACAUACCAUACAACAACACCAAAUACAAACAUAACUACAUACCAUACAACAGCACCAAAUACAAACAUAACUACAUACCAUACAACAACACCAAAUACAAACAUAACUACAUUCCAUACAACAACACCAAAUACAAACAUAACUACAUACCAUACAACAGCACCAAAUACAAACAUAACUACAUACCAUACAACAACACCAAAUACAAACAUAACUACAUACCAUACAACAGCACCAAAUACAAACAUAACUACAUACCAUACAACAACACCAAAUACAAACAUAACCACACACCAUACAACAACACCAUAUACAAACAUAACCACACACCAUACAACAACACCAUAUACAAACAUAACCACACAACAUACAACACCAUAUACAAACAUAACCACACACCAUACAACAACACCAAAUACAAACAUAACCACACACCAUACAACAUCAUCACAUACAAACAUAACCACACACCAUACUGUAGCUCCAUUAACUAAUCACACCACUGCACACCAUACUAUCUACACAACUCAGCACCCAACCACAGCACCGUUACCAUAUGACUUCUUUGUAAAUGACUCUUCUGGGACCUGUCUUAGGAUGACGGUAUCUCUGGAGAUCAUAACCAACAUUACAGCUGUUAAACAGUUCCGUAUUCCUCCACCACCUACUACAGAAGUUUUCGGGAACUGUUCUGCAGACAAAGCAACAAUGAACCUGAAAUUCCCAGAAGGAACACUGAACUUUACAUUUGGGGAGAAUGUUGGUGACAACCAUUUUUAUCUGGAAAAAAUCAGCUUAAUUCUAAAGAUUAAAGGAUAUUUAGUAAAUGCCACUGCCACUCAACACAUUAUGAACGCACAUCUAGGACACUCAUACUCAUGUUCACAAGUGAAGGUGGACUUGGCAACCACAGUUACGAUGAUAGCUACAGGAGUCAGAGUCCAGGCUUUCAAAUUACACAAUGGUGAAUAUGGGAAAGCUGAGGUGUGUGACCCCGGGCCAAAUAUGACAAUACCGAUCGUCAUUGGUGUCAUCCUGAUAGUGCUGGUCUUAAUUGUUGUCAUUGCGUAUAUAUUUGGACGUCGCCGGAGCCGUGUUGGUUACCAACCAUUAUAAACCAAUCAGAAAAGCUCUAUCCUAUAACAUCUUUUACUCCAAAUACAACAGUUUGUGGAGUUUGUGACAAAAAGGAAUAAAAGUUUUCAGUGGACUGAGAUGCUACAAAUAUUAAAUUGGAGGCAUUUGGGUUAUUUAUUACAUUUUGUGGUGUCAAUUAAUAAUUGUUACGGGUUCUGUAAUAAAGACAAUAAAAUAUAGUAUUCUGAUAAUAUUCACUAAAUAAUCUUAAAUGAUAUGAUGUUAAUAAAUACAAUAUUUUGGUGCUUUAUAAAUAAUUGAUCAUAAUAAUAAUAUGAAAAUGAAGACUCCGUCUUUACAAUAUUAAAAAUAUGUAUAAGAGAAAAUGUAAAAUUUGCUAAAUCAGAGUUUAUUGUUUACUGUGCUGUUAUGCUGUGAAGACUUCUCUGAUACUCAAUAUAUAUGAAAAAGAUAGAUAUAGAACUAAUCUCUUCAUCAAAAUAUUUGCUUUGCAAAAAAAGAAAUAAAAUAUGCAUUGAACAAAAA